AUGACUUCAUCACCAUACCUUGAGCGAUAUCGCCAGCUGGGCACGCUGGACCAGCAAAAGAACCAGCUUAUCGAAGAUCUCCUUCAACGAGUGACCGAUUUAGAGGCCUCUUUCGCGCAGGAAAAACUCGAUCAUGAACGCGAAACCCGGUUCAAUCGGGAUAUUCAGCUACACGAGAUGGAGUUGAUGCAGCAGAUAUCCCAGAUCAAAACUAUUAUGGACCGAGAACCUUUUGUCGUCGUGUUACUUGACGGCGAGGGUAUAAUUUUCAAGGAUGAAUUUUUGCAGGCCGGCGAAGAGGGUGGUCGCAACGCCGCAGACCAGCUCUACGCUGCGAUCCACUCAUAUUUGAAGUCGAACCUCCCAAGCGUCACGACCCCGAAGAUAAUGAUGAAGAUCUACUUGAAUGCGAAAGGCUUUGGGGAGCAGUGCGCGCGCAACGGAAUUCUUACAGAUCCCGGCGCGAUCCACGACUUCAUUCGAGGCUUCAACGAGACCAUGUCGUGUUCUGAAAUCGUGGAUGUUGGAUCUGGGAAGAACAGUGCGCACAAUAAAAUUCAAGAGACCUUCCAAGUCUUCCUAUACAAUUGCCACUGCCACCAGAUCUUCGUCGGCUGCCCGUCCAAUACUGAAUAUGCUCUCUUCCUCGAAGAUGUGUCAAAAGACAACGACCUCACGGGCCGCGUCUCGCUUGUGGAGGGCGUCGCAUUUGAAAAGGAGCUGGAUGUAGUGAAGAAUUCAUAUCGCAUCGCCAAUUUCCCGGACGUCUUCCGCUCUGCCAAAAUGGCACCCGCGUGGGCCACCGCUCCUUGGAAGAGCACCUUGCCUACGCGAUCUGUGCUCACGCCUUCUCCCUCUCGACAAUUCUCGAACUUGUCAAAUCCUCCAGCCUUGUCCCGGACAUCCACCAAUACAAGUGCCUCGGGUGUCGCUUUGUCAGUUUCGACUCCGAAUCCAAUCGACAAUCCUCCUGAGUUCCAGCAAGUGGUUCGCCCUAAACCAACUGGCUCAACGGCUCCGAAGACGGUGGAGCGCAAUAAGUACGGGCAACGUGUGGAUCGACUUGACUUCAAGAGCAUUCCUCGUGAUGAUUUGAAUCGCCUGAAGAAGCUGAAGCUGUGCAAUUACCACUUCCUGCUGGGCGAGUGCCCUAAUGAAGAGUUCUGCUAUCAUGAUCAUGACCGCAAGUUGACUAAGCAAGAACUUCACAUCUUGACUGCCAUCGCUCGCAUGACUCCCUGCCGAUUUGGCCUGGAGUGUGAUGAUCCCGAGUGUAUCUACGGUCAUCGUUGCCCCCAGAGCGAACCUGGGAAAAAGACCUGCUUCCGUGGCGACAGCUGCCGAUUUGAACCAGUUGCUCACGGUAUUGACACCAACAUCGUUAAGGUGACCAAAAUCUAA